AAAUGUGAAAAAAAUAAACGAAAUCUGCGAGCUGGUCAGAUGGAACAUGGAGAAGGCGACGCAGGAUCAGGCGCGCCUCUACAAUCUCCGGAGGCGCCCUUGGAAACCACAGAUCGGAGACACGGUAUGGGCCAAGGAAUACCAUCUACCCAAGGCGACAGAAGGAUUCGCGGCGAAACGUGCCCCCCGAUACGAGGGACCGUUUAAAAUAAUUAAUUUGACUCUCCGGUUAUUUGCAACCUUCGGCAGGAACACACGGGCAAAGAAAGGAAAAUACACAUAAGCCAGUUAAAACCGCAAAGCAAAGAGGGGCAGUCUUAACAAAUCCGGCGUAUCGGAGGAGCACUGUACCCUAACCGAAGAAAGGGGGAGGACGAUACACGGUAUCGAAAGUAACGGUCAAGCACACACACACAAGCACACAUCAGGAGCGCGAGAGAGGGACAGGGAGGGCUAAAAAGCCGGGUUGCGUAGGAGUCGUGUACACGGAGGGCACCGUUACUUUGAAACAUUACACGGACACAGAGCGGAGAGCGAGUCCCGUUACACGUCUCCGCGAAUAACGGAACCGAGGAUACGCGGAAGAACCGAGGUUUCGUCAGCGACGGCGCUGCAUGAUUCAGGUCUUUCCAAACAAGAUAGUCAACAUGAGCGCACGCAGCAGUAACACCCAACAACAAGUGGAGCACGAGGUGAGUGAGGAGCGCGCCAGGGAACAGCCAGUGGCGAAGUGGAGACGGGACUCCGAUUCCGUCCUCCAGCUUCUGGCGUCCCCCCUGGUGUCGCGAUCCCCGUCACCGGUCAGCGAGGCUGACGAGGAGUCCACCGGAGAGAUCUCGGACGUGGAGUUGCCGUCCGAGGAGGAGGCCGCAGGCACGAACGCGACGGAGAUCGCAGAGAUCUUCGCCAUCUCCGAUGAGAGUGGACCGGAGGACGGGAGUGAGGAGGAGAAGGAGGGGACGGAGACCGUCAGUCCCGAGGUGUCCCCGGACGAGGACGACGCGGCGCGGCGAGCUGCGAGGGACCUGAUGGUCUUCCGCCGGUUGAGCCGGGCGACGGCAGGGCUCGGGAGGAUCUGCCUAGGGCAGAUACCACCGUCGGGCGAGCCCAAAGAGUGGGCUCGUAUAUUGGAGGCGCGGGCGGUCACUGUCCGCCAAUGGGAGGCCCGGCGGGUGGCGAGGAGGGCAGCAGUCGCCGCGUGGCAGCAGAGGCUGAGGGACGCCGAGGCAGAGGAGGCCGCACUCUGGGAGCGGCAACCGCUGCAGGAGCAGCCGCCACAGGAGCAGCCACAGCCGCCGCAGGAGCAGCUGCAGUCGCCGGAGGAGCAGAUGCAGCCGCCGCUACCGCCACCACGUGCGCCGACGCCCCCACCACCGCCACCCCCACGAUCGCCGUUGCCGCUGCCACGCUCACCAUCACCACCACCAUCGCCGCCGCCGAGGCAGCAGGAGUGGCACCUAACUUACCUAACCUAACGGCAGACCUCGUGUCCGGAGCCCCGAGCCCCACCGGCGAGGCCGAUGCUGCGGAGACAGCAGUCGGAGGGCGCGGAACCGUGGUCGGAGGUUCCGGAGGCGGAGUGGCCGGCG